AUGUUGCGCGACCAAAUUCAAGUUGGAAAUGCAACGACACUAGCUCCCUCGCAACGACAGCAAGCACCCCAUGAUCAUCUCGACCAACCAGCACACACUUUGUUCAUAUUACCACCGAUCAGCUCGAGCGACCAGCAUCCAUCUUCUGGAAGCAGCGCUGCUAGUAUGGCGACGCGGAAUCGACGGACCUCGUUUGUCGACAUGAGUUGGAUGCUGCCGGCUUUGGGAAUCUCCUCACAGACUGUAACUCAGUCCUUGAUGGAGCGAUGGCGGGAUGCGCUCCGAACCGGCUCACAGUCCAUCGUCAAAACUCCCAGUCCGAGCCAAACCCUCCUGGUCAUGUCGGUCCUCUCGGCUGGAUUGGGACACGUCUUGCCCACACUGAUCUCACGUCGGUAUACCGUCCUGGCUGCAUUGGAACUCUUUCUAGUCUUUGGUCUCAAGAUGAUUCGGGAUGUCAGACACAAUGGUUACCACGGAAUUGGUAUCAAUUCAACCGCUGGUACUCCUACUGACACGCACCCACCCAGCUAUUUCCACGAUGCCUCACCCGAUCUGAUUGGCAGACCUUUGUCCAAUUACACCGGAUUCAGGCCCGACCGUACCUACUUCACACCAGAUGGAACUGACUCGAACUUGGGGGACCGUCUGACUGAUUCAAAGGGCGCUGAUGGAUAUCCCCAGCAACACGGGAAUGUGUAUGCAAAGAGCAAGAAAGAGGCCAAAGACGCGAAACAAUAG